AUGCAGAGUACUCGUUUGUUCAUUACUGCACAACGUUUUUCAUCAACUUGGAAAAUAAAUUAUUCAUUGAAACGAUAUAUUACAACAUUGAAUGCAACAAAUAUUCAUAGAACAAAUUUGAAUCUCAAUAAUUCAUCUCUAUCUCUAGUCGAUUCGAAUCGUUCAUUAUGCAUGAAUGCUUGGUUAUUAUCAUUAUCACGAAAUGAUAUAGCUACUAUUCGACAACAUCAAUCUAUUCGAUAUGCUUCAUCCGACAGUUUGCCAUCGCAUAAAAAAAUUGCUCUACCAGCAUUGUCACCUACUAUGGAAUCGGGUACAUUACGAUCAUGGGCAAAACAAGAAGGCGACAAAAUAUCUGAAGGUGAUAUAUUGGCUGAAAUUGAAACUGAUAAAGCAACAUUAGGAUUUGAAUCUAUUGAUGAAGGAUAUCUUGCAAAAAUUAUUAUACCUGCUGGUAGUAAAGAUAUACCUGUUGGAAAACUAUGUGCUGUUAUUGUUGAAAACCAAGAAGAUAUAGCUGCAUUUAAAGAUUAUAAAGGUGAAGAUGCUGGUACAGCAGCAGAAAAGAAAUCUUCAGAUGAACAAACAACUUCACCAAAAAAAACUGAAAAAAAAGAAAAAGAAAAAGAAUCAACAAAACCAAGUGAUUCUACUAGUAAAACAGAACAACAAACAACAUCGACUACGAAAACAAAAACAACAACAACUAGUAGUUCAAAAAAAGAUGGUCAAGUUUUUGCAUCCCCUUUUGCUCGAAAACUUGCUGAAGAAAAAGGUGUCGAUUUAGAAUUAGUUCAAGGUACAGGUCCAAAUGGUCGAGUUAUUGCUGAAGAUAUUGAAAAAUUUAUCAAAGAAGGUGGUGCUAAAGUUGCUGCCAAAAAAGAAAAAGAUAAACAAGCAGUUCCAACAAAAGCAGCUAAAAAAGAAACAGCAGCGCGCGCUGGUGGUUAUGAUGAACAACAAGUAUCAGAAUUACGAGCUGAAAAUGCUCGUCGUGUAGUUGAAUCCAAGAGUACAAUACCUCAUUAUUAUUUAGCUAUUGAUGUUGAUGUAAAUGAAAUUCUUAAAUUACGUGAAAAACUUAAUGAUAUGUUAACAUCGAAAUCCAAAGAUCCUAAAGAUAAAUCACGUGGUAUUACAAUAAAUGAUUUUAUUAUAAAAGCAGCUGCACUUGCAUGUAAAAAACGACCUGAAGCAAACAGUAUUUGGAUGGAAAAAUCUAUUCGACAAUACGAAACAGUGGAUAUUAAUGUAGCAAUAAAUACAGAUGCUGGCGUACUUUUAACACCUAUUUUAUAUAAUGUUGAUCAAAAGGGUCUUUCAACAAUUAAUCAAGAAUUAUCACAAUUAAGUAAAAAAGCAAAUGAUGGAAACUUAAGUGAUAAUGAACUUGAAAUGGGAACAUUCACAGUUUCUAAUUUAGGAAUGUAUGGUGUAACUAAUUUUAGUGCUGUUAUUUAUCCUCAACAAUCAGCUAUUUUAGCUAUUGGUGGUAUUGAGACAAAAAUUAUACCCGCUCAAGAUUCGCCAAAAGGUUUUCGUCAAUCAUCUAUUCUUAAUGUAACAUUAUCAUGCGAUCAUCGUGUUAUUGAUGGUGCCAUCGGUGCACAAUGGUUACAAGAAUUUAAACAGCUUCUUGAAAACCCAGGGUCAAUGAUUUUAUAA